CGCCGUAGCUGCCGCUGCCGCUGCUGCGCGCCUGCCUCGCCUCGCCUCGCCUCGCCCCCUCCUCCCGCCGUCCAUCUCGCUCUGCCAGCGCCGCCUCUCCGGCUCGCUCGCUCGCAGCCGCGCCAUGCCCGAGCCCGCGGCGGCACGCCCAGCCCCUGCCAGCCACGAGGGGACGCGGGCUUGAGCGGCGGCGGAGCGCCCAGAGAGAGGACGGCAGCGGGAGCCCAGCCCAGCCCAGCCCAGCCGCGAGCGCUUCCCCUGCCCAGCCCACGCCGUCAGACGGGGCGCCCCGCGCCUGACGCCCGACAGCCCGGGGAGCGCCCUCGCAGCCUGCCCGCAGCCAUGGAAGCGGAGCUGAUGUUCCUCUGUUCUCUGCUGGUCCCCGUGAUCCUAGCAGACGCAACUGAUAAAGAGAAGGAAAAGGACCCCUUUAACUACGACUACCAGACCCUACGGAUCGGGGGCCUGGUGUUUGCCGUGGUCUUCUUCACGGUUGGAAUUCUCCUUAUCCUGAGCAGGAGAUGCCGGUGCAGCUUCAACCAGAAGCCAAGGGCUCCCGGAGAUGAGGAGGCACAAGCUGAGAAUCUGAUUGCCUCCAACGCAACAGGAGCCCAGAAAGCCGAGAACUGAGCAGAAGUCGUGAGAUCUAGAGACCAGACAACGGACAAGCGGACCCCAAAUGCAAAGGACGACGUGAAGAAAGGCUGAGGCGAAGGCCGCGGGCCUUGCGAGGGGAGGCAGACGGCUGUGCGUCCAUGUUGGCCUGUGUCCUCAAGCACCGGUUUUCUCUUUGCAAUCCCAAUGAGCCCCCCGCCUCCCCCUGCCCCGCCCCGCCAAUACUGUCCAGCUGUUUCAUGUUCCUCUGUGGUGACCCUUCUCUCCACUUUGAUGUUGUUGCGUGAGUCUGUUUCUGGUCCCCAGCCUUGUGCUCUUUUGAUGUGAUGCACCACCCUUGGAGAAGGACAGAGGAGGUUUCCAUCAUGGCCUUGGGGGCGGCAGCUUCCCCCAGAGGAGGUCACUCUGCCCUGGUAGUGGGGCGUGGGGGGCGGGUUCUCUUUGUCUCCAGGGCCCCUUUCCGUGAAAUUUGAAGCUAUUUAAAGCAAUGAAAUGGGGUGGGGGAGGGGAGGGGAGGGGGGCAGGAACUUGACCUGGAGUCUGCUAGAUGUUCAGCCAUCCCAGCAGCUGACCCCCCUCCCCUUCCCCUGCCAAGCCCCCUCCCCUCAGCCAUCAUUGAGCACAGAGGUGUGAGCAGGGGCCUCUCUCCUUCCCCACUCCCAUGCCACUGUGAAGGUGCCAAGUUCUCCUUUGGGAGGUGGGGAGGGAGGAGCCCAAAAGGGAAGGGUGGGGAAGCUUCACGGGGGGGGGGCAGCAGCAUGGCCUCUGUGGCCUGGUGGACCUUUUCCCUCCAUGCUUUGCAUAAGCCGCCAGAGAGUUCAGCUGGGGAGCAGGGGACCAAUUAGCCUCACGCGAGGUCUACUCAGCCUUGGCGUGCCGGAGCCCAUCCCGGUGUGCUGUACAUGGUGAGGGGAAGAGAAUCUCCCUCCCGCUUUGUCUGGGGUGGAAGCAGCCUCCCAGGGCAGCCCCUCUCUGGGAAUUUCAGCACACCAGCCCCAGCCCCACUGAGACCAGGAACCACCCCUAGCCCACCCAGAACAUGGCUGGCAUCCUGCCCUGGGGGCCACUGAGCAUGUGCAGAGGGCAGUCUGGCACAAACACCGGGUCUGGGCCCCUCUCGGCUCCCCGCUCCCACUGCAGGUUGUCCUGUCUGCGAUCCUGGCCAUGCUGCACAGCGCCAGGCGAAGGAAGAAGUGGCUCUCCCGGCUGCUCCUCUCCUCUCCCCCAAGGGUUGGCUGUGUGCACACCACCCAGUUCUGUGCCUCUCCCUUGUGUCUGUAGUGUGCCCUUGUUGGAACCAACCUUUUGCGACGCCUGGUAGAACACCACCCAAUGAUGUGACCGUGUACAUGUGUCGUGACUCCGAGCGCCCAGCCCACUGUUGUGUUUUCCUCUGAAAUAGGCAAGCUGUGCUGCUGUGACAAAGGACUCUCCUGCAUUUUGUGUUGUGUCCCGAACCCAAGACAGAGGGGGAAAUAAAAUAUCGUUUCUAGGCCA